AUGAGUCAACAUAUUGACUUAACAGCUUAUCUACCAUUGAUAACAUCAAAGCGAGCUAAAGCAACUGUUAUUUGUAGUAUUGGCUAUGAUGCUCAUAUCAUUAUUACCCAAUACGAUGAAAACAAGAGAAAAUUGCAUGACAGUGGUUCAAUCAAAUUUCGAUGGACAGAAUUAUUACUACCGUCAGCAGCCAGUUUAAAGCUAACAAUAGAGUUUUAUAAUCCACUCAGUCAUAAUCAUUCAUGGUGUGAAUAUGUUGAAUUACAUAUUGAACCUGAUUAUAUGGUACCGGACACUUCUUUAUUGUAUCCAUGGGAACCUAUAUAA